AUGUUCACUCACUUUAAAAAAGACUACUAUAGUGUUAACGCUGACAUAUCCUUGUCUCCCGUCAAGCAAUCUUUCCAACAAUCAAUGAUUCUUACUGAGGAUACUGGAUAGCCUUAAAUAGGAUCGAAUCAGUCAACAAUAUACCAGAUGAAUAAUGAUUAAACCUCCUAAAUGUAUCAGAAACAAGAUAGUUCAGUUAUAAGCAGGGUUGGCUCAGUUCCUUUUAGUAAUAACUAAACAAUGUCAAAUAUAAUGCUUGGAGGCCCAUAAAGAUAUGACGAUGUUUAUUAUCCGAGAACAGAUAAGCGAAUGAUAAAGGGCAAUUAGUAUGCAUACGAAGGAAAUGAAUAUGCUAAAUAGACAUUCUAAUCAAACUCAGUUGAAGAAUCUAUUGAGUAAAUCAUUACAAACCAGGAGCAGGGACUCACUGAAAUGAAAAAUAUCCAAGCUCCAAAAUAGGUGAAAUCCUACUCUGGUCUUUAUCAAGAUUCAGCUUUGUCGAGUUCAUACCAUGAGAAGCAGCGAUUCGGUGAUUUAAGUGAUAAAAAGUAAGAAUGGAGAGAUCAGUUAGGCUCCGGAGGAAAUUAAACAUUAGAUGAUUACAUAGGAAACAAAGGAACCAACCAUCAAACUGGCAAAAAUCAUAGUAUAUUGCAGUCAUAAAAUGAUAGAUAGCAAAUAGAGGAACUUAAGUAGGAAGCUAAUAGUGAAGAUUUAGAUAUUGUUAACACUAUUGAUCAAGAUUACCAUUAUAAAUCCUCAACAUUGAAAAAUAAAACAAAUUUCAACCUUGAAUCACAAGACACCUAACAAAUUCUCAAAAAGUUUAUUAGAUAGAUUGAAGUAUCUGCUUAAUAGGAGGAGGAUGAUGAGAUUUGCAAAAGGUUGCAUAGAGGCUUAAUGACUAAGGAAGGAACCUCUAUUGAUUAAUAUGAUAGUAUUGGAGCUGCAUAUGAAAAAAAUCCAUUUAACAUGAAAACGUAAUCUAAGUUCAGAAAUAGAGAAGAUAAGAAUGCUGCCAAUUUCAGCAAAAAAUAAAAAACGAUGAAAGCUAAAUCUUAGAGUAUAGAAUUUGGAAAUAUAUUACCAGAGGACUAAUGUAAUCUCUCUGAGUAUGAUGAGAUGUUCGAGGGACAGUUAGGCUAUAAUACAAUCAGCCUAAAAGAUAAAAAUUAAAGAAUACUUGAGAAUGGUUAGUUACUAGUAAAGGCUAAAAUAGCAAGUAAAUUGUACUACUUAAAUCAAAGAUAAAUUGAGAAAGCCCUAUUAAUGAGUCUAGUCAGAAAACCUGGCUCAGAGCUUUUCCAUUUUGAGGAUUUAUGGUUAGAAGAGAUAGUAGAGAAACUUUCAUUCCCUUCUUACAGAAAGGUGUUUACAAAGUGUAGAGCUAUUAGUUUAGUUAUACUUUAGGGAGGCCCGGGAGACUGGUAGCCAUAAAAGCAUUCUCUUUAUUUAGAGAUGCCAAACUUCUCGCUCGAAUUAGAUGGAACCCAGCCAUAGAAGAAAUUUAAGAAGUAUAUUGACCCAGAUAGCUUUAAUGUUAUGGUGUAGAGCAAGUUCAGUGAUUGGAAAGAAAGUGCUGAAGAAACUUUUGCAGAGUUGAUUGGCGAAGAUGUUAAUAACCCUGUUGAAAAAUUCUAGAAAAGUGGUAAAAAUACACUCAUCUUUGAAAGAAACUGCAAUGAUUUGCAGCAAUCUGUGUUUAGCAGAGUACUUGAACCAGCUACCUGUCAUUCUCUAUCCUCUUUAGUAUUCCCUAAUCCAGGAGCCAAGACUAGUGAAGAAGGAGUGUAUAUGAGAGUUGAUGGUUACAACCUUAUUUUAGCAGACAAGGAAUCAGGUAGAAACUUAAUAUGCCAUUUCUUUAAUCUAAUCGAGCAUUUCGGUAUUCUUAUGAAUGCUUAGAAAUAAGGCUACGAUUUGCUUUAAAUUCUAGCUCUUGAGCUCAGAGUUUUCAUUAACCAAGCAACUGAUUUCUGGAGAAUAUUCUUGAACUUGCAAAAUGUACAGGAGAAAUACCUCAAGAAAAACUAGUAUAAACUUGAACCUGGUUAGGAACAAAGAAUCAAAUUGCCUCUUCAUAUUGAAGAUCAUAGACUUAAAAUCAUCAUUCAGUACCCUAAGUUCUUCUAUGCCAGUGCUAAGACUAAUUUUAACGAGGUACUUGUGAGACUUAACCUUCAUGAGAUGGAGGAACUUCACAGAGAUGGCUUUAAAAAUUGGGAAACUAUCUGCUACUAACACUAUUUAAGACUUACUGCAGAUCAAUCCUGA